AUGACUCAGGGCAAGAAUUCACUAACUCCAGAAGUCUCUGAGCAUCCUCCUCCACCUCUCGUGGGCACGGGCCUUCGAGACUCCCAUUUUCAGAACCAAGAUCAAGACCCAGACCAGCAGGAUGGUGUUCGAGUCGCUGAAGCCGUCACGGCUACUUGGUCCAAGAAGUCCUUGAUCAUUACCUAUGUCUCCAUGUGGAUGAUUUAUUUCGUGAAUGGCCUCAACAACAACUUCACCCAGAAUCUGGGAGCUUAUAUCACAAGUGACUUCGACGGACACUCCCUGCUUUCAGUGAUCACUGUCGUUACCAGUGUGAUGGGUGCUGCCUGCCUAAUGCCCAUUGCCAAGGUGCUGAAUUUGUGGGAUCGCACCCUGGGCAUGUGCAUUAUGAUCCUGAUUGCCAUCAUGGGGCUGAUCAUGAUGGCCGCCUGUAGCAAUAUCGCGACCUACUGCGCCGCCCAAUCUUUCUACACGGUCGGUCUGACUGGUGUCAUCUUCUGCGUUGACGUGAUGACUUCCGACACAUCUACUCUUCGAAACAGAGGAAUUGCGUACGGAUUCACUUCCAGUCCGUAUAUUAUCACAGCUUUCUCUGGGCCAUCCAUGUCCAACCAAUUCCACGAAAGCAAUUGGCGAUGGGCGUACGGGACUAUUUGCAUCAUUCUCCCGAUCGCGGCCCUGCCACUCAUCAUCACAUGGGGCCUGGCAAAGAAGCAAGCGGAUCGAGAGGGCAAGCUCCAAUACAAGCCUCGAAGCACUCGUACCUGGUGGCAGAGCAUCUGGUUCUAUAUCGUUGAGUUCGAUGUCAUCGGUAUCCUCCUCAUGAUCGGCGGCUUGAUCCUCUUCCUCACCUCCUUCAACAUUGCAGGCAAUACUGAAGGCGAAUGGAAGUCCGCAAAGAUUAUCGCGAUGAUGGUCGUCGGCUUUUUCGUCCUCGUCGCCUUCGUUGCCUACGAGCGAUGGGGCGCUCCGAAGCCGUUCAUUCCCUACCACCUCAUCAAAGACCGCACCGUCAUUGGUGCUGGACUCUUGGAUAUCACGUACCAAAUUUCCUACUACUGCUGGGCCAGCUACUAUACGUCCUUCCUACAGGUCGUCUAUGACACAAGCCUCACCCAAGCGGGAUACAUCAGCGCCAUCUUCGACCUGAUGGACCCUGUCUGGCUGAUCGGAUGCGGCUACCUCAUCCGAUUGACCGGCCGCUUCAAAUGGAUCCUUAUGUGCGCCGUACCACUCUACUUGCUAGCAAGCGGAUUGAUGAUCUACUUCCGCAACCCGGGCUUUAGCGUCGGCUACAUGUGCAUGUGUCAGAUUUUCCUAGCCGUCGGCGGUGGAACGAUGAUUCUUAUCGAGCAGGUCUCUGUCCUCGCCGCCUCCAAGCACGAAGAUUAUGCUGCUAUGCUGGCCCUUCUCAGUACAUUCGGUAAUAUCGGAGGUGCUAUUGGUGGUAGUGUUUCGGGCGCUGUGUGGACCAACACACUUCCGAAGAAGUUGCAGGAGUACCUGCCUGCCGAGACGAAGGAUCAGUGGAUGAAUAUUUAUGAAGAUUUGUCGGUUCAGUUGAGUUAUCCUGUGGGAUCGCCGACUCGUACCGCUAUCCAGAAUGCCUAUGCUACCACUCAGCGGAACAUGAUGAUUGCUGGCACGGCUAUCAUGGGACUUUCGAUUAUUUGGGUGUGGAUGAUGAGGAAUAUCAAGGUUAAGGAUAACAAGAGUGUUUCCCAGGUUCUGUUUUAG